AACGUUUUAUGCGUGAUUUUUUUGCAUGUUACCCUCAUGGCAAUAAUUAUUUUGUCAACAGGUUGACCAAAUGGUUAUUCACUCUGCUUCUGAUCGUCGUCCUCGGACAACACUUUGUGCCUAUUAUUUCUACAAUUAUUUUACUCGUGGCGUGGACAUCUUAUUUGAUGGCCAGACUCAUAAAGUCAAGACGUUUGUUUUACACACUAACUAUCCGGGUCAUGCAGAUUUCAAUUCAUACAUUAAGUGCAAUUUUGUUAUCCUAGUUGAGGGGUCCUUCCCAGAUGUAAACAACUACAAAAACCGAAUUACUCCAAGCACCAAGUAG